CCUCACGCACCACAUUAAAAGUACUAGACCAAUUUGUUGUCACUGUUCGUUCUCGUUACAAAGAUUUGGUCGAAAUGAACUUGACGAUACUUUUAGUGUUGUUGGCAUUCGAAUGUAGUGUUUGUUUAUGUGACUACUGGGCAGACAGAGCAAAACUGAUAGAAGACGAACACUCCCAAAUACUUGGAUCUUCCAUCACACUUACCCCGAAAGAAGAAGUCGUUAAUAAAAAACUCAUCAAGAUUAAAUCAGAUGAGUACGACAAGGGAUUUAACAACGUUCUAAACUUUUUACCUUCUCAACAUUUCUUCAAAACGAAAGCACAAGUAGAAAGCUCCGAAGUGUUCAAGUUCAUUCAAAAGGUGCCCAAGGGAGCUGACCUUCAUGCCCAUGAUAGUGCCAUUGUUUCGGAUCAAUUCCUUUUCAAUUUAACUUACAGGAGCAAUCUGUACGCCUGUUUUCAAAACGGAAGUUUGCGAUUGAGGUUCUUCAGUACGCCUAAUCUCUCUUGCAACUGGACUCUCUUGGCAACGUUGAGACAGGCAGAUCCUUCCAUUAACGAUUUGAUACGUUCCAGAAUUACUUUAGUCGUGGACAAUCCAGAAACCAGAUACAGGACUGAGCGAGAGAUAUGGGCAGCCUUUCUGAACGUUUUAGACCUUGUAACUCCUGUGAUCACCUACAGACCGGUGUUUGAAGAUUAUUUCUACAGGGCUCUCGAGGAAUUGUAUGAAGACAAUGUGAUAUACAUGGAACUCAGAGGUCUGCUGCCACAGGUGUACGAGUUGAAUGGCACCGUGUAUGAUGGAGUCGAUGUGGCAGGAUUGUACGUAAAUGUGUUGAAAAAAUUCAAACAGGAUUAUCCAGAUUUUGUUGGUGCCAAGUUCAUUUACACCCCGUUGAGGAGUGCGGACAACGUCACUGCAUGGAAAUAUGUCGAAACGUUGAAAGCGUUGAAGAAACGCUACCCUGAUUUUGUGAUUGGUUUUGAUCUGGCUGGCGAAGAAGAGAGGGGAUUCCCGUUGAAGAAUUUUAUUCCACAGUUAACUAAUAUACAAGGUUCGUUGGUCAAAAUAAUUUACGAUAAACGAUUGUAAAUCGUUAAUUAUUUU